AUGGCAGAGACUGCCCCGAGAGCUGACUCGGUCCGGAAUAAUCCGUCUCAUUCUCGGCCAAGGGAGAUUGCUGAUCCUGGAACCCAACGAAGGGGCGUCUGGAAACCGGAAGUGCUGUCGGGCAUGGGACUGGGGGUUGCUAAAGAUAGAUCUUUUGCCGUUCGGCGAGAUUCCAACACCCAAGCAUCCUAA